AUGGGUAUUGCACAAGAAAUCGAUUUACCAUUCCUCUCUCAAUACUUUCACCUGCCAAUCAAUGACGUUGCCAAAGAGAUUGGCGUCUGUGCCACAGUACUAAAGAAGAUUUGCAGGAAGAAUGGCAUUCCAAGAUGGCCACAUCGCAAGAUUAAGAGCCUGGACAAAAUGAUCAUGAACUUGGAACAAACCACGCCAAAGAACACCGAGGAAGAGCUUAGAAUCGGCGAAGAGAUCAUGUCGCUGAGGAGCAAGAAGGCCUACCUCAUCAAACAUCCAAAUAUACUGGCUAUCAAGUCACCAAUGAAGAAAGAGGUCGACCUACUCCAAGAGAGGAUCAGUGAGAAUGAGUUGGCCAACGUGGCCUCGCCCCCACUGUCAUCCAUCAAUUUUGGCUAUCUGACCGCCGCCGCCUCUGCCGCCGCUUCGAGCUUUGCCAACUCGCCAAUGUCCUCGCCCGCCUUCUCGAGCACGAGCCCGGUGAUGGUGAGCCGAGUGGCCACCCCACUGCUCCAGCGCGAGAUGUCCUUCCAGAGCCUUUUGAACAGCAGCCUAUCAUCGCCAUCUCUACCCAACCUCUCACCCUGCCACACGCCAGUACUUUCCAGACAAAAUUCUGCCGACUCGCUAUCUCCAUUCCACGGUGCCCUGAAGGCGCUGCCAACACAAUCCCCACAUUACCAAGACGCCUACCCAAUCCACCUGCCCAAGCUCAACCUGCCAGACGUUGGCGCCACUUUCACUCUAAAGACAUUGGAGCCCUCACCAAUGUUGCCAUCGCCAAUCCAAGAGGUCAAUGGCCUGUCGCCACUCUCUCAAUCUGCGGCACCCGCUCAGGCUCCCCUCCCAGCAUGGUUCAAGGCAGAGCAUGAGAGCAUCGUUGGCGGCCAGCCAGCCUCACCUACGAAGAUGGCCGUGGAGAGCACCACUCGCGCCUAUCCAUCGUCAUCAUCAGUGAUUCGUGUUGACCAAUUGAUCCAAGAGGAUGACCAAGUGCCCUCGCCUCAUCUAUCGCCCCUUUGUUUUGAAUAA